ACUACUAACAUUUUUUAUUAUAUGAUUUAUAUAGUUUUCAAUGUGUAUUAAACUGAAUAUAAGAUAUGCCUGCUACAAGCUUGCAAUAUGGGAAUGUUGACUAUGCGCUUAAAGAAGAAGCACGUUUUAGUUCUUUUUACAAAAAGUUGCUGUCUGCUCAAGAACUUUUAGAAAAUAUUGCAAAUAUUUCAUUAAGAACUCAAUUUCGUGAUAUUAUAGCUGGUAUUGAAGAUGACUUUACACAAGAUUCUGACUUCACAAUUCCAAAAUCUUCUUUAUAUAACACUAUGAGACUUGGUAUUGUUGGUGGUGCUCAGUCACGAAAGUCAUUCUUAAUUCAGAGUUUCUUGUCUAAUAAAUAUUCAAAAGAAGAAUGUUAUGCAAAGCGUUUUAAAAAGACAAUAUUUUUAAAUGAUAUAUCUUAUCUUUUAUUACUCAGAGAUGAAACAGGCCCCCCUGAUCAAAAGUUUUCAGAAUGGUGUGAUGGAGUUGUUCUUGUCUUUAGUUACAAUGAUGAAUUAAGUUUCAAUGUUCUCUCAGGGUAUUAUGCUAAAAUGAUACAGCAAAGAUCUGAUAAACAUUUGCCGUGUUUGUUGGUUGCUAUUCAACCUGAUGAAGAAGAUUUUGAAAGUUGGUUUGUGCCAGAAGUUCGGAUUAAGAAGUUUUUAUCUGAUCACCCAAAGUGUGAUUUUUUUAGUAUAUCUAUGUUAACUGGUGACAGUAUUUCAUCUGCUUUUGAGGCUGCUGUUCUUAAAAUGGCAGCCGUUGACAGUCCAUCAUUGGCUGUGGCAAGCACAUUUAUUUCCUCAUUUAAUGCAUCUCCUGAGCGAGUCAGGUUGGGAUCUAUAAAAAAGAAAAACAUCAGAAAUAUGUUUUCUCUUAAAGCAGAAAAAAAAGAUGAUAUUGUUUUGGAUGAUGUAGGGAGUGGAAGGCACAUUCCAAUUAAGCAGGGUUACAUUUAUAAAAAGAGCCAGGGGGGGUUGAAAGGUAGCAUCAAAGAGUGGAAGAAGAAGUAUGUGGUUAUCACUACUGAACAAAUAUUUUCUUAUUAUCCAUCUAUGAAGGAUUAUAUAGAUGAUAAUGGAGCCAAGUCAAUCAGCCUUAUUCAUUCUUCUGUUAAAACUCAUGGGAAAAAAAAUGUUCGAGAAAAAACUGGAAACCAAAAAGUAUUAGAAAAACAUCCACCAACUUCUCAACUUACUGCAAAUAAUUGUGCGAAAUCAUCAAUGCCUAUUGAGUUUGAUCUUAUUGAUAGUAAAGACUAUGAAGAUCCUGAUGAUCAUGAAAUUGAUGGAUCUCCCACAAUUCAUACAUCUGUUCUAAUUGAGAGAUCAAAAAGUGAUGGAAGAGACUAUACAUCCUCAAGUAUGAGAAGCUCUCAGAAUUUUGAUGUAUUUCCAACAAAACGUAAAAAUCGUAAGCCUGCAAACCGGCAUAAGUCUUGCGAAAUUGACUAUAAAAGUGAAUUAAAUGAAUCAGAAAAUAGUUCAACAGUUUCACCACGCAAAAUAUCUACUACUAGAAAAAAAAACCAGACAAGUGUAUUUAAAGAACAUUUAGUUGAUGGAAAGUUCGGAGUUGAGCCAGAAGGAGAUGGGUGUGGUUUUUCACUUAUUAACUUUGAUGGAAAAAUAUGGGAAUUUGAAUGUAAUUCAACAGAGGAGAGAGACAGUUGGGUUCAUCAUAUUGAAAAUGAAAUUCUUAAUGCUUUUCAAGAUCAAACAUUUCAGAGCGAAAGAUCACAGAGUGCCAUCGAGGAAUUUGAAGUCAUGCAAAAGCGGCUAACUUCUGUUGUUGGAAAUAAUUUUUGUGCUGACUGCAGUGCUCCAGAUCCUGUUUGGGCAUCAAUGAAUUUAGGCAUUCUAAUUUGCAUAGAAUGUUCAGGUGUUCAUAGAAAUCUAGGCUCCCAUCUAUCUCGUGUUCGCUCUCUUUAUUUAGAUGAAUGGCAGAAUGAAACGCUUUCCAUAAUGCUGCUACUAGGUAAUACUUAUGCUAAUAGCAUAUGGCAAAACAGAUUGCAAGGAAAACCAAUUACUCAUCAAUCAACUCGAGAUGAAAGAGAAAAAUGGAUUACCGGAAAAUACGAAAGAAAAGAAAUGAUUAAGCCAUUGUCAAUUGAUGAAAAUAUGCUAACUGAGGUAUUGAUAGGUUUUGUACAUAAAAAAAUGUUUCUCGAUUCCUACUUUAUGCUGGUACAUAGCACUAAGAAUCAAGUAAACAAACUUUGCAAAGUAGAAGGCUACUCUCACAAAGUAGCACCACUGCAUCUAUCUUGCGCUAACUCUGAUAUUGCACUUACGCAACUUCUUUUAUGGUAUGGUGCUAAUCCGAGGAUUUUAGAUGAGCUUGGGUAUAAUCCUUUAUUUUAUGCUCGCAAAUCAGAUGGCAAAAUGUGUAUCGAUUUGUUACUUCAAUAUGGAUGUUCUUAUGAUACCACGCGGUAAUAAUAAUGUCAUAAAAAUACAUUUUCCUAAAAAGUUGCACUUUUUAAAACCCCAAAUAAACACACAAAAAUCAUUUUUUGAAAGAAAGAUGUUCGUAUAAUACUGUGAUGCAAUUAUUCUUUGCUUUGAAUGUUUUCAAGUUUAUGGAUGAAAGUUUAUUUUAUUUAUCUGGUGUACCAUAGAGAAAAAUAUAUUAUACGGUUUUAAA